AUGGCAAAAAUAAUAGAUAAUUAUAUAUUAAUUGAAGGAAUAGGAUAAGGAACAUUUGGAGAAAUACAUAAAGGCAGAAAUUUAAUAUCAAAAGAAGCAGUCGCUGUUAAAACUAUUAAAUUAGAUAGAUUUUUAAAUGACUCAAUAUUAAAAGAUAUGAUUAUUAACGAAAUCUAAGCAUUGAAAAAAUUAGAGGAUUAAUACAUUGUUAGAAUGAUCAAAAUGCUUAAAUCAGCAAAUAACAUAUAUUUAGUUUAUGAACACUUAAAUGGAGGAUCGUUAGCAAAUUAUUUAUAUGAAAAAGGUCGUCUAACUGAAUCAGAAGGAAGAUAAAUUAUGUCAAAUGUAUUUAAGUAUUAUUUUAAUCAUAAUUAAUAAGAGGUUUCAAAACAUUAAAUCAUGAAAAAAUUAUUCAUAGAAAUAUUAAUCCAAAUAACUUAUUUUUUAAUGAUGGAAUUGUUAAAAUAAAGAAUUUCUUUUGUUGUAAAUCCCCUGCCAGUUAAAAAUUAUUUGAUCCAGGUAUUUCAAUAUUUUUAAUUAGAAAACUUUAUUUAUUCUGCUCCUGAAUUAUUAUUAAAAACAUAACAACCAUAAUACGAGGAUAAAUGUGAUAUCUUUUCUUUAGGAUUAGUAUUUUAUAAAAUGUUUUUUGGAUAAUUACCAUUCCCAGAAAAUUUAACUUAAGAUCAACUUAUUGAUUUAUAUAGAAAUUAAUAAUUCAAUCCUAUUGUCGAAGAUUUAUCUGAGAAUACUGCCUAUAUUUUAAAUGGAAUGUUAUAAAUAGAUUAAGCAAGGAGAAUAGAAUGGUAAACAUUGUUUCAUGAAGAUUAAGUACCUACAAUGUCAGGACUAGUAAAUUCUACAAAUACAAAUUUUGCUUCUAAUUAUUAAAUUAAUUCUUAAGUGCAAUAAUUUGAGACUGGAGGGUAAAAUUUUUAUAUUUCAUAAUAAUCUUUAUAAAAUCAUAUUACAACCAGUCCAAAUGAAUUAGUGAAAAGAAAAACUAAUGUUUCUGACAAAGAAAAUAUGAAAAUUAAUAAAGAAAAUGAAUAAGCAUAAAUAUUUGCAAAAACAACAGAAAAAGAACAAAGUAUAUCAUAAUAAUAAUCCCAAUAAUAAACUUUAUAAAUUUAAUAGUCUAAUAAUAAUACUAAUAAUAAUUCUUCGUAAAAUGUAGUUAGAUAAAUUCAAAAUUAAUUAAAUGAGCUAAGACAUAAAUUUAAUAUUAUAAUAUAAGGAACAUGUAAAAUUGAAUAGUUAGAAAAUUGGUCAGCUAAAAUAAAAACUGAGAUUUGCAUGAUAUUUUUAUUAAAAAAGGCUAUCAAAUGCAUUAAUGAAAUGUUAGACAUAUGUUAAAAUACUGAUAGAUAAUGGGCUAUUUCAAAGAAUAGAUCUGAAAUAAUAAAAAUUUUAUAAAAAGAUUUUGAUGAAUUAGUUGCAAAUUACAAACAUGUUAAAUAAAUGGUAUGAUAUAUACUAUCAUUUUUAAUAGAAUACUUGUCCACAUGAAGAAUUAAAUACACAUGAAAUGAUAGAUGAAUAAUAUGUGGAUAAUGUAUUAAUUAUGAUAGCAAAAUAAAUUGCAAUGGAUUUAGGAUAAAUUCGAUCAAGUAUGAGAAGUAACUCUUAAAUUAAAAGCAAUGUAAUUGAUAUAUUAUUUAUCAAAAUUAGUCAUUUAAUUAUGAAUAAACUAGUUAAAGGAAUGGUAGCUUUAUUGAAUCAAAAUAAGGUACUUCAAACUAAUAUAUUUUUGCGAUCUUUUUAAUUGAUUUAGUUAAAGGAAUGAAUUUUGAUGAUUAAAAACCUUAUUUUAAAAAGUUAGAAGAAUCAAAAUUACCUGAAUUAUUAGACUUUAAACUCAAAUCUAUUUGA